GCGUCGACAUCAUCACUUUCGUGCCGUAUCGCAUAGUAUCGUACCGGAUCGACACGGAUCGGAUCUAGCGCGAAUCGGUUCCAGUGUUCCCUGCUCAAAGAAUCUCCAAUGAAAAAUCUCAAAAUCGAAUAGAAAAGUGAUCCAACUCCAGGAUAUAUGGCAGUGAAUGAGAAAAGUGUCAAGUGUCCAAUAAAUAAUAACAAAGAGCAAUAAAUACUGCAGUACACAAAUAAAUUAUUAAGUGAAGAACAAGUUUUGAAACAUUUUGAAAUGUACUUAGUCUUUCUCCUGAUCUUUGCCCUCGCGCUGGCGGACGGCGCCAAGUAUCAGCGUUCCUGGCUGUUCAAUCUACCGGAUAAUAAUUACCGCGACGUGAGAAAUGUGACCGCCAGAGGCGUCAGCUUCUAUCUGUACAACAGGCCCACCGUGCAUCCGACCUCGGCCCCGCCGCCGACCAGCCCCACGGAACCCUACGACUUCUACCAGGACCAGGACCAGGACCUGGACCUGGACCUGGACCAGGAGGAGGACGAGCGGGUAGAGGGUCUGGAGAUGGGGUACCACAAGCGCGUGCCACGGCAUCCGCACGAUAAUUACAACCGAGUGGAUGGCUCGAGCACCGACUUUGAUGAGGACUAUCCAUCCGAUCAGGCUCCGGCGCCGGGCUUUUUGACGGCAGAGAAGGAGAAGGAAUUGGGAACACCCAGUAGGGUGCAGGCCUCCCGACAGGCCUACGAGGCCUACGAGAAGCAGGAGAUAAAGCAGAGGACAAUCAUCCUAUUGGCCAGAGCCCACAACAACCGACUGAUCAAAGAAGCCGAAUGCAAAGUGCCCAAGGCCCAAGUCAUAUAUAUGAUCGGAGAGACAAAUAUACAGUAUUAUCCUCGGGCCACGAUCCUGCAUCGGUGCGACAGCUCCACUGGUUGCUGUCGGGAUGGGGAGAUCUGUUCCGUGAAGAAAAACGUCACGGUGGAGCUGCCAUUCGUACUGAACAACCGCGGCAAGAUGAUCCCGCUGGUGAAUCACACCGAAUGCGAGUGUGUGCAGAACAUGAGUCGUCGGAAGCGCAGCACGCAGUGCCAGUGUCCCAAGCACUUCAAGGACUUCAGCUGGCGAGGAAAUGUGGUGGGGGCGGUGAUGCUCCACUGCCGCUGCGAUUGCCAUCUCAACGAUGCGGCGUGCCAGAGGUUAAAGAACGGCGAGGAAGGAUUCGCCAUGAAUGACCGAAUUCGCAUCCAGCACCGGGAAAGCAGUCAACCGAUCUGCAACUACGGCCUCUAUGAUGUGAAAAACGGACGCUGUCCGCGUCCGGGCUCGAUGCAUCAGCUGCAGACGAAGCUGCAGUGGGGCAAGGGCUAAGGCUCUCGCCUGGCCCGGCCUCCAGCGAGUGGGGCAAAUGCCGCCGACGCCGCCGAACGAAAGCAAUCCAGAACUGUGUAUACACUAAAUAUUACUUGUACGAUUAAUGCAUGUUUACUAUCUAUAAAACUAUGCGAUGCAGUGUCCGACUGCAUCUGAUACACCGAGAAGGAAAGAUAUCCAAGUUCCGUUCAGAAGUAUUGCAACUAACAUUCAAGUGUACUUAAGUUACCUUCGAUUAAGUUCAUAUCUUAAGCUAUAUACCGCGUGUAUCUGUAUUCAAUUAAACGAUACUUCUAGUCA